UACUCGAUUGCCCACGUCGCCAAUUGGACAAUUCAACAUAGGACCAUUGAUCUAGCAAUGCCGCCUGUCUACAUUGUUUAAACUCUCGGUUCGUUUCGCACGUGACGUUUAUUUAUAAAGCUAUCAUAAACAAACUCCGAACCGCAAAUUAUUUAUCGCGUAUAAAACCGCGAGUCUCAGCGCUUUCUUGUUGUAAAAGAAAUUUUCGAAAGAUGAAGGAGACUCCGCUUACUAACUGCGAACGAAAUUUUACAAACAAAUGUAUAGAGGAGGAAACGAGGCUGGACGGUCGAAAAUUAUUGGAACCGCGUUUUGUGAAGAUCUACUUUGGCUCCAGUUGGGGAUGUUGCAUGGUGUCGCUUGGACAUACAAGAGCAGUAGCGCAGGUGUCGUGCGACAUACAGCAGCCAAAAACGUCUCGUCCUAACGAAGGCAUGAUACGCAUAAAUGUCGAACUCACUCCACUAGCGGCGCAACACUUCGAGAGCGGUAGACAGUCCGAGGCGGCUAUACUGAUCAGUAGGCAGCUGGAGAAAUGUUUUAAGGACUCGAAGUGUAUAGACCUGGAGUCUCUCUGUAUUGUAGCAGAUAAGAAGGUGUGGAAUUUAAGAAUCGACGUUAAUAUCAUAAAUCACGAUGGAAAUCUGGUGGAUUGCGCCUCUAUCGCAACACUUGCCGCCCUUAUGCAUUUCCAUAGGCCGGACGUCACGUCGACCGGCGAGGAAGUCAUCGUACAUCCGGCUUCCGAGAAAGAUUUUCUGCCGUUGACGUUGUUUCAUUAUCCGGUCUGCAUAUCCUUCAUAACUUUCAAGAGUGGCAACACCAUAAUGGACCCUACUUACACAGAAGAAAGAGUUGGUGUCGCCGAGCUUACUCUCGGUGUAAACUCUUAUAGGGAACUUUGUAGCUUGCACUUCGAUUAUUUAACAAAGACCAUGACGAUCGAGGAUGUCAUAUCAGCUGUUUCUAAUCACGCGGCUAAUUACGCAAUGAACUUGGUGAAUCAGAUCAAGGAGGCGGUAAUCAAGGAUGUACAAUCACGGUACAGAAAAGAUGACAGCAACAUAUCCAGAUUUAAAGAGAGCAUUCAAGUGAAUAAGCUGACGACAACGAUCGGCGAUCACAUUAGUAUUAAAUUAUGUAAAUGGGACGCAACAGUUAUAGUCGAAGAUGAUUAUAUGGAAGUGGAGGAUGAGAACAAGAGCCGUAUCAUAAAACACAAAGAAGGAUCUGCUGAAUUAGUACCCGUUUUCAACGAUUCACUUAAAAAAGAAGAAAAUCGUGACGAUUACGAUUGGACACACGAUUGGACAUCUGAUUCGGACGAUCAAGUUCUCGUCAAAUCGCCAUCUCCGGAAAAAAAAGAGAUUCCAGUAAUAGACUUAAUAGACAUCGAAGAGAUAGGAGAUAACGCCUAGAUUCGUUGAAAAAUAUAUAAUAAAUUUGGAAGAUCAAUUAGGUCAGAUGUCAAUUUAGUUUUUAUUCCACGAUCUCUGUACAUUUCUCCAAAAUCACACACCAAUUGCCUUGGUCG